CUCUCUUUGUACAAGUCAAAUGGCAUCUUCUUGAGUCACAAAACAUUUUAGUAUUCAAAUAUGACAUGCAAAUUGACAGCUGAUCUUCUUAAAAAAAAUUGGGUAUUGGAGACAAACCUUGGAAUCUCUGGUUUCUUUGAUCAAACCUCCCCUCAAACUCUCCACAAAUUUCCAUUUUCCAUCUUCAUUGUAUUAACACAUUCAGAAAUCUCUCAGUCCUUCACUUUGAAGGCACUGAAACAAUGGAUCCCACCAAGCUUGAAAUGGAAUCAGACUCUCAUUUUGAUUCUGGUUCUGAUACAUCUGAACCCAGCUCUUCUUCUUCUCCUUCUUCCGCGUCUCGUCAGAAUCUGAAUGGGGAAGACAAAGGAGGAACAGAACAGCUGAAGAAGUUGAGAUCAAUGAAGAUGUCUAGAGUGCAAAGCAGAAGGUUCAAAAAUCAAGGCGGUUAUGGACGAAGAAUCAUAUCUGGUUAUGCAGCAAGUUCAGAACAAUCUACUCCUAUAGAGAUGUCUGAUGCAUCACCAAAGUAUAUGAAGGCCACAAGCUUUUCUGAUGAAAAGGAAAAUGUCCAGAAAUCAGCAGGAAAAUUUUCAAGAAGAACAAGUUCCAGACCUGUCAAGAGCAUGACAAGAUUGCCAAGCAUGAGAUUCAGGAGGCCAUUGACAAGAACUUCAGGAGGAACUGACCAGAAGUACCUCAAGAAAUCAAGAUCAAUAAAGCUUGCAAACUCUGUCACUUUAUCCAGAGAUAUUUACAGUGUAGAAUCCAAGAGAGCUUCAAUGAAGAAACACUUGGAAAUGCCUCAAACUCUGGACUCAACCAUUCAAAGAGCCACCUGUUCCUCGGCUCUCAAGGGCUCCAAGGUUCCUGAAGAUAUUGAGUCUAAAGCAGGAGGAAGUGAAUCUGAAAAAAUUACUACCAUGAAGAAGGUUUGUCCUUACAGUUAUUGCUCUCUUCAUGGCCACCGACACGAGAAUUUACCUCCAUUAAAGCGCUAUGUUUCAAUGAGGAGACGUUUGAUAAAAUCCCAGAAGAAUGUCUCAGAAAGUCGGUCCACUUCUAAGGCAAAAGGCUCCGGUAAUAGGAAGAAAGGAAUUCAGAAAAGCCAGAAGGACAGCAGUUUCGAUUCUGCAUCUCGAGAUAUAGCUCAUGAAAGCACAGCAGGACCUUCUUCCAUCACGGACGAGGAUGGUCCAGAGUUCAGUUUAUCUUGUGAUUCUUCCUCAGAAAAAAGGAGCAUCACAUUUUCAGUGGAUGAAGCAAGUGUUGAUAGCUGUUCUAUUACAAGCGUGCAGGAUAAAUCAACUUCUGAAGCCACCGGUUCAGAGAGGAAGGAAAAUUUAUUGGCUAGUCGAGAAAAGCAGAAGAACAUGGGAUUGUGGCGCCUAAUAUAUCAGCAUAUGGCAUCUGGUAUCGAUGCAGAAGUUGACAGACAGAAAGCCAUGGAUGGAGAGGGCGAGGAAAAACAAGUGGAAAAGACUAACAAAGUUGUUGGAACAAAUGAGUCUAGUUCUAUUCAAGAUACUUCACCAACAGAUCAGAGUUUGUACAUUGCAGAUCAUGACAAAGACAACCAGAAGACUGACAUCUCGCAGAGUGAUGCCAUUAAGCUUGUACAGGAAGCAUUUGACAGAAUUCUGUCUGAAAUUCCAGACCAGUCAUCUGAUACUCAAUCGGUUGCUAGUGAUAUGACUUCAGACAAUGAUCUGAGCAUACCAACUUCCUUUGAUUCAGCUAAAGAUAGCACAGAAAAAGAUACGGAAGAAACACAGCUUAAGGAUGCAAAAGUAAAUGUUUGCGGAGAAGAGAAGGUGGCGUCGAAUGUUGGAAAGAAAUCUGACCAGCAAAUGCCCAAGAGCUGGAACAAUCUGAAGAAGAUAAUUCUAUUCAAGAGAUUUGUUAAGGCAUUGGAAAAGGUGAAGCAUUUCAAUCCGCGGAAGCCACGGUUUUUAUCAGUGGAGCCUGAUCCUGAAGCAGAAAGAGUUCAUCUUAGACAUCUAACGGUUGAAGGGAGGAAGAACACUGAUGAAUGGAUGCUCGAUCAUGCGCUUCGCCAGGUUAUUUCUACACUUGCCCCAGCUCAAAAGAGAAAAGUAGCCCUGCUGGUUCAAGCUUUUGAGACCAUUGUCCCGGUCCCAGAAGUUGAAACUCAUCUGAGAUCGAACUCUGCAGCUUCCAGUCACACAACUCCCAUUCAAUCGCGUACUGGUUCCUCAGCUCAAAGUGACGAUGAUACUGGAAAAGAAAAUAAACAUCCUGACAGUGAAAAUCAAGAGCAAGUCACUGAUAUCCUCCCAACAAAAUGGAGUGUUCCAAUGACAGCAGUAGGCUUAUCAUUCUCAAUGCCUAAUGUCAUAGACUUGAAGGAAGAGGGAAUUUCUGCUUCCCGUUAUGACAGUAAGACAAAUGAAUCAACACUCAUGCAUGAUCAGCAUGAUUCAAUGGACUCUCGCUUGCCGGAGGUUGAAGAAACCAAGUUAAAAGAUGAGUCAUCCAGAGAGGGCAUUGUAAAUAAUUCUCAAGAACAAUCUCCAGAGAAAGAAAAAACCUCCCGUGAGGUCCUUGGACAGGUGGUUUUUCGUAUUGACUCAGAAGCCCGUGGCAGAAGCUCAGAAUUGGAGCCUGAAAAUGAUAAGGUACCGGCAUCAGAUAUCAGAGUAGUCCUCACGGAUUCUUUUACUAAAUUAAUGGAGAAAACAUCAGCAAUAGGUGAUGAAGAAGGUAAGACUGCACAUGAAUCAAUCCAAGGAAUUAUGCAGCGGCCAAAUGGCGUUUCAGAUGCAGCAAGUGAAACCAAGUUGGAAAAACAGAAUUACACAGGGCUCUGGUACUUAAUAUACAAGCACAUGGCAUCAGGCAAUGCUGCAGACAAGGAAGAACAAAGUAACAAUGGUGACACACUCCUCGGAAGGAAGAACUCUAUUUCUCAGACAAGUUCACCAGACACAAACCAGGAUAUGAAAAUGGAGAAUCAUUAUGACGAACUCCAUAGGAAUGAUGUCAUAAAGUUGGUAGAAGAAGCAAUAGAUGAAAUCCCUCUUCCAGAUUCUCAAGAUGAUUCGCCUGAUGAUCAAUCAGUCACAAGUGAAACGACAACGGAAGAGGAGUCUCUGCGAUUGGAACAUGGUGAAGGACAGAAACUUCAUAUCUCAACUACCAUUGAUAACUCAAAGGAAGAGCCGAAGAUAAAGACAGUGGAGAACAAAUCUAAGCCACAAUUGCAUAAAAACUGGAGCAAUCUGAAGAAAAUAAUUCUCCUUAAAAGAUUUGUGAAGGCACUCGAGAAAGUGAAGAAGUUCAAUCCACGAGAGCCACAAUAUCUUCCCUUGCAAUCUGUUCCAGAAGCAGAAAAGGUUAAUCUAAGGCAUCAAAACACAGAUGACAGAAAGAAUUCGGAGGAAUGGAUGUUAGAUCAUGCACUUCAACAUGUUGUUGCUCAACUGACUCCUGCUCGGAAAAGAAAAGUGCAGCUGCUCGUAGAAGCUUUCGAAACAGUGACUCCUACUAUUGGAAACUGAAAUUUUCCAAAAGAACAACAUCAAGUAUGCAGCAGAUAGAUGAGUGUCACAUAUACAAAGUAAAAUGAUUUUUUUGUAAUUUAGAGUUCAGCAUAUUUUAGCAGAAUGCAUAGGAAUGCUAUUGUUAUUUUUUUGGUCAGGAAUGUACUGUAUUAAAAUUAUACUUUUCAGAAUGGCUUUGAAUAGAAUUAUUGUAAGUGUUCAGUUCAUGCAAGUAGAGCUUUUUUUCCCCCAUAAA